AGCGGUCGUCAAUUACAUCAUCGUUCAAAACGGAAAACAUUGGUGUUUUAGCGUGGGCUGUCAAUUGCGAAUUGGAAACGUGAUUCUGUGAGAUUGAGGCGAUCUGCGAGUCGCGUUCUGUGAGUCGACGAGCGACUCGACGCCUACAACCUCCCGCCAACCUGAUAAUCUGCUCAUUGGCGCGUUUCGGCUUCUGAAAUGAAUAAACAAACCGUGGGCAACCGACGGUUCGAUAGUCACCGGGUUGACGACGCGUACUCGUACCUUGAGAUCCGACCGGCCGGCUCGGCUCCGUCCACUGUCCAGUCCCACGGCAUUUCGAGGGAGGCGUGGGGUUUGCCCGAGUCAGGAAAUGACGACCAAUUUGCCGAAUAAAACGAUUUGACGAUUCAGAAAAAAAUGGCAAGCUUCAAAUACACAUCCUGCAUCAAAAUCAAAGGACACCCGAUACUUCCGCCUAUCAUCACUUCGCACGAUAGGGUAGAACUGAACAGACACAGAGAAGAUGCGAUCAGGAAAGAAGAGGAAAUCGCGACGAGGACACAAGUUUCUGAAAUCAGCGAUUUCCUAACCGACGUGGAGGCGAACAGCGAGGACGGGAGUUUAAACGGCUCUUCUACGCUGAGGACUGAACAGGUGUUGGAAUUCAUCAGGCAAGCGCUUUCCGAAGACAAGCUGAAAAAUCUAGAAGAAGUCAAAAUGCUCCAAACCGCUAUCUUCGAAGAACUCAAUAGAUGCGCUGAACAAUCCGCCUUGGACGGCGACGAGAGUUGUGACACGCUUCAUAACGUCGAGGACAUUUCGCCGACCGAAGGAAGACUCACGCCGUCGUUCAGUGAUAUUUCUCCCAUUAAAUUUACACCUACUGAACACAACAAAAAAUCAGCCUUAUCUGAACCGCACUAUAGACUGAAUGUGCCUAAAGAAAAACUGAAUUGCAAGAAAGCUCAACAAGAUCUCAUAAAUCGCAAAAUGUCUACCUCAGAAAAUAGUCCCCUGGCUAAAAACAUCUUGGUCACCCCUCCAAAAAUGAUAAGAAGAAAUUCUUACACUUUAGAAUCACCGAGCACAAGUGUUUUAGCCUAUAUAAAAUCAUUAAACAAGUCUGACCAAUCUAAUAAUGAACAUUCGUUGUCUUCUGUUAGCUUAAGUGAUAAAAAACCUCUUAGAAGGCUAAGUCAAAAAUGGGAUCAAGAUGAAAGUUCCAAAACUGAAAAUAAAACGCCCUCCCCAAGUCUACAUCUUAUGUCAGAUGUUAAGAAUUCUAAGAGAUGGCUGAUGUCAUCAGAUCCUAGCUUAAAAACCCGUCUAAGUACAAAAGAACUAGAUGCAAUUUGUCAAACCAUUAAAGGUGUUAACCUUGCCAGUAGGGCCAGACGAACACUUUUUGAAAAUAAUAAUGUUACCCUUGAAAUGGAGGAAGCAGCCAUUAAAAUUCAAGCAGGGAUUAGGGGUUAUUUGACGCGGCGGCUUAUGAGAACAUAUAAGAUUACCGAGUUGAAAAAUACUAUUAAAGAUAGCUUAAUCACAGCACUUCAGUUACAUUCCGAACCCCCUGUCAAUCAAGCAGAACUGGAACUUCAUAAACGUCUUGCAUUGCAGGUUGAAAGUGUCUGUCGUGAAUGGCAUACGGUGUUCUUUGAGCUUUCGCCCCAAGAACAAAUGAAGAUAAUCCAAAUCGAUAGAAAUAGAGCAUUGCUAACGAAGAAAACUAAACCUGUUGUAAAAAAGCAUUACGCUUCUCUGCGAUCGAAAGCUAUGUCCGAAUCACUGAAUUCCCUGAAAAGUCCGCCAA